GUUGCUGGCUUCCUAUUGCACUCGUACACCCCCGCACACCUGGCUUACACGAUCAGUCCGGUACACCACCGGGCAAAGGGUUAAUCUCAAGUCAGUCGGGGUGCACGCCGAGAAAGAGAGGUUAGGUCGGUCAUUGCUGCGCGGCGGCAUGUCGACACCGGUUUGAAUUUCAACCAUUUGAAUCAAAUGUCAGUGUGCGACAGUGCCGACGGUUUUCAAAUUUCGAUGUGUUCGCGGACUUGUUUGUGGAAGCUGGGACCCCUCGCAUGGGAGUUGUUAAAAAAGUAGACCGGGUCACGCGACAACCAUCGCGAGGUGUCGUGUCCACCGUGACAGAUAGGAUUUGGAGGUUAGGUAGAUCGACCGCGCGUUCUUUGAAUUCAAACGGAUCGCGGGCCGCUGACAGCUGCUGGUGCCAAUCGACGUCACGAUCAACUGCAAGAUGGAUAAUUCAGCGUACAUGCCAAAUCAGCUACAACCACCACCAAACAUGGUCGUAUUCUCUCAGGCCGGGGGAUUCGAGGCUCUCAGAAUGCAAAGACCCUUCGUCAAUCCACAAGUUACAGAUAUCACCAAGGAUUGGCCGAUUGGAACGGGGUCUCCCUUCAGUUACGCCGGGCUGCAGAUGUUGCAACUUCAACAUAUACAACAAUUUCAUCAUUUUCCUCCCUUCAGCGCGUUCAAACCUCCGCCGGGCCCAUCGGCAUUCGCGCCACCAGGCAAGUGCCUCAAAAUCGAAACCGGAAGUACGACAGUGUCAUCGGGUUUGCCGAGUAUAAGUUCUCUUUCGAGUAUGUCGAAUAUGUUUUCGCCGACGUUAACUACAUCGGUAUCGGGAGGGCCUGGGGGACCGGAACUUGCUCCUCAGAGCCCAGCCGGGUCUACUAGUCGAUCACCACCCGGAAGUGGAACCGGUCCCGGUGUUGGUUCUAUCGCCCCGAAUCGCGGAACACCUCCAGAAGAAGAGGAUCGUGAUGGCAAUGCCACCCCCAGUUCUGAGAACACGGAGCGAUCCACGCCUGAGGAAGGACGACCUUACAGAAUGGGGCCUGUGUUCGGGGGUCGAUGCGGCGCAGAGGCGCUUGGUCUGGGGUUGGGACUUCCGCUGGGCCCAGCCUACAGGUUCGCUCUACCCCCGGGACUCCCUGCCAAGACUUCCCGCAACCUUGCAUUCGAUCAAGGAAAGAAAAAAAUAGACUCAUCAUGUUGUCCAGUAUGCGGUUUGACUGUAAGACCGCAGGAAUUAGAGCAGCAUUUCGUUCACGAACUAGAUAAACUUUUUAAGCUGACCUCGGUAACACCCCGUCCAAGACCAAGAUCAGCUUUACCACCGGGUGCUCAGGAUCAUCCCCAUUCGUCUCUUUUACAUGCACCCUCUGCGUCCGACGGCACGCCACUGGGCAGAUGGGAGACUUUUAAAAGAGUAAAGGCAAAUCGACAAGGUAGGAUUCGACUUAAGAAUCGGAAAAGGAAACACGACGAACCAGCCUGUCCAGUUUGCAACGAAAGACUUUCGGGAACGCCGGAAGAAUUGAAUCAACAUGUUGAACGAUGUCUCAACAAACACAACGGAAAUUCCACUGGUCCAAACGUGAAUAUCGAUGACGAAGAAGUCGAUGUCGAGGGCGAUUCUGAGACUUUUGAGGAAUACGAAUGGGCUGGACAAAGAAGAGUUCGAGCCACAUCCAUGCUUGUUGGCGGAUUUUCUGCCGCAGGCUUAGCAACAUCUUCGAGUAAUCGUAAUUCUACGGGAGGAUGUCAGCAAGAAGAAGAUGAUGUGGACCUGAUUGUUGACGGAGAUGAAACAGUUCAAUUUGGACCACCGCAGUAUUCAGAGGCUGAUAUUGUAGCAUUGAGAGUCGAUGGAAAUUCGAGAGAACAAAAGGAGCGAGAUGCUCUCCGGGAAGCGGUGAUAUCACCCAACGCUCUCCCGCGUACUCCACCAGAUCAAAUGCGCAUGCAUGUAGAAGUUAAACCAGAGCCUGGUUGUACUACUCCCUCAGGCCAAUCGAACGAGAUCGAUGAAAACUCACCUUCAGCAUCUCCGAAGAAGGAAGUUGAAGUUCCAGUCAUCGAGGCUCUUCGUGGAAGAAUUAAAGAACUAGAGGCUGAAACUCGAGGGCAGCCUUUCAAAUGCUUGAUCUGCAUGGAACCUUUCAAGAAUCCAGUGACUUCUGUUUGUUGCUGGCAUGUGCACUGCGAACAAUGUUGGCUUCACACUCUGGGUGCAAAAAAGCUCUGCCCUCAGUGCAACAUGAUCACAUCUCCGGGAGACUUGCGGCGAAUUUACAUGUGAACCCGGCGAAUUGGUGGCCAGUAGAAAAAUUCCCAUUCUGGCUGAGAUCCGUCAACGAGUCUACCUUAAUUUUAAUAUUAACUACAGUUCGCAUUCGUCCGAAAAUCUGACAGCGGCCGCUUGUAUAUUUGUAUAUUACGUUAUAAAUUAACGAUUUAAAUACCGUUAUAAAUAUUUAGAGCUAGUAAAUUAACAUCUAGAUUGUUCAAAUAGUUAUUCUUGCCUGGAAAAAAGACAGAAUCGCCGGGAGAAGUAUAAAAUAUUUUACAUGAUCUAUUUAAUAUGUAAUAUUAAGGCAAGUUAAAGAGAAAUCAGGCAUUCAUCUUAAGUUAAUCGCUUUAUUAGAAAUUUAUUUAGAAAAUUAAAUAAAUGAAUUUUAAAAAAUUGUAUUUAUUCAGGAUAUUAAAACUAAAAUACUUUUUGUCUAUCCAAAUAUUUAAAAAAAUUAGUCUAUGAGAAUGCUGCCAUUUCUCGCGGUUCUAUCUUUCUGUUCCAGCUUUUCAUUUCCACGUCACUUAAAUCAAAGCUGUUCCCGUACAAUCGUCGAUAUAACUUUGAAUUAAUGUCGAAAACAUCGUUAUCUCCCAAAAUAUAUGCACAGAAUUUGAAAACAAUCUUCACUGUCCGUGAAACGGAAGUCAAAAAUCCCAUCUUCUAAUUAGAAAGCACUCAACGCGUAGGCAUUAUAUCUAGAUAAAUAUUCAGGUUUACUAACACUUAUUUAAAAAGUUGGUUUAAUUCUGGGUUUUAAACUUCAGUUUUGCCAUAAUCUAUAAUGAAAUUUUAUUUUUAUAUUUGAAUUUUAAAAUCUGCAUGUUGAUAAGUUAUUAUAUGAAGCAUCUCCGCAAAAAGUAAAGACUGAGUUAAAGAAUAUUAUAAAGAUUGACAAAUGAAAAGCACUGUACAACCCACUGUCGAGCAUUUUUUAAUUUUCUUCACACUAUCAGCAAUGGCAUUAAUUUUUCUUUAGUAGUCCAUUAUCGAAAAAAGUAUCCUACAUGAAUUGUAUUCGAGAUUUGACAUUUCUGCGAUCGUUCAGUUUCAGUUUUUAUGAAAUGGAAAAUGCAAUUUAACUAGAAGGAUUGUCAAUACUUUUGAAAUUUGUAGUAUUAUAUAUUAAAGAUCAAUGUUUUUUAUUGCUAUUUCCAGAUAAAUUUGGAUAUUUGCUCCUCCAAUCGGGUCGCUAAUCGACGUUAAAUUUAUAGCCACUUUUCGGGACACUCGAAGACUUAUUAUUGUAAAUACACGAAACCCCCUUAAAGGUGUGCUGUAUUAAAAAUAAAAUGACCAUGGAAAUG